GCUCCAGUUCCAUGGAGAUCGAUCCUGAGCUCGUGGCCAGUUUGGCUGAACAUCCUCGCACAGUGGGGCGGUAUCUGGGGUUUAUUUACGGCGAUGACCCAUGCCCCAACCUACUUCAAAGUCAUCCACGGCUGGAAUAUUAAAGCGACUGGACUUCUUUCGGGAAUGCCUCACUUCAUAAGGAUGGCCUGGGCAUACGUCUUCUCCAGAAUCGGAGACUACCUUUUAUCCACGAACAAAAUGACCCGAACUAAUGUGAGGAAAUUGGCCACAUUCUUCGCUUGCAUCGUGCACGGUUUCUGCAUGUUGGCGUUGGCUUAUUCGGGAUGCAACUCGAUGGCUGCCAUCGUCUUCUUAACAGCCGCUACAGCCAUCCACGGUGCAGUUUCAACAGGUUCUCUCGCCAGUUUUGUAGACUUGAGCCCCAACUACGCAAGUGUUCAACUUGGAUUAUCAGGAAUGAUUUCUGUACUGCCCGGCUUCAUUUCGCCAGCAAUCGUCGGAAUUUUAACAUACAACAAUCAAACAGCAUCUCAAUGGCAGAAAGUGUUCUGGAUUUCUGCGUUCAUGCUGAUCGUGCCCGGAAUUCUCUAUUUGUUCUUCGCAAAAUCCGAACUGCAGGAUUGGAACAGUCCGACCACGGGAGAUUCCGCCUUGGAAUCCGAAAUGAAGACUCUGAAGAAUGGAAAAGUUCAAGAAGAUGAUGAAGAGGAUGAGGAUAAAGAAGAUGUUACGCAUAAUAAAGAAGAGAAAGUCGAAGUAUAAAGCGAAAAAAAAAAUAAGAUUUACAACCAGAUAUACUCAAAAGUGCAUGUUCGAACAUGAAAAUAUAUUAUUUUCAGAAAUAAA